AUGAUCAAAAACCAUCACAGCUGUGACACUACCACCUGGCUCUUCACUGAUUCAAGAGGAAAAGCAGCAGUAGAGCUGGUUAAUCUUGGACAGAUCAAAGAAACAGUCAAAUCAGACAGACUGAGUGUUACAGCAGAAUGUUCACUGGUUAUAAAGAAGGUCACAGCUGAGGAUGUUGGUCGUUACACCUGCAGACAGUUUAGAGGUAAUCCAGGGAAACAGCAAGGUCCAGAUGCUGUGGUUUAUCUGUCUGAUGUCAUCAUGACUGAACAGAAGAGCAGGGAUCAGGUGACUUUAAACUGCUCUGUGCAGGUACAUGGACAUUGUGAACACAAAGUGAAGUGGAUCCAUUACAGUGAAGGUCUGAAUAGAGAUUACUCAAACAUAAAAACAUUACAGUCGUCCUGCUCUGCUGCUGUUACUUUUGUAAAUUCUUUAUACAGUCACAUAUCUAACUCUGACUUUAAGUGUAACGUAACAACAGAAGAUGGCAAAGAGCAGCUUUUUACCUUCAGCCCUCAUUCAUCAGGCUGGUCCUUGUACAGGCUCAUCAUUGUGGCUCUGGGUUUAGCAGCACUUAAUGCUGCUGUUGUGAUCGUCAACAUCUGGAUAAGAGUUGGGAAAAAAGCACAGAUGGAGGAAAACACGAUGUGCAAAGAUGAGGUUGAUGAUGGAGCAGUGAACUAUGAAAAUGUCCAAUCUUCUGAUGAAGUUUGACCGAGCCUCCUGCUUCUGGCAGAUCUCACAUAUCAGCACAUCAACGUGCUGUAUAUUUCUUUUUACCUUCAUACUCAACCUUUUAAACAGAGACUCGUGCUCUUGCUUCAGUCACAGUUUGGAUAACGAUACUGAAACUGUGAUACUCUCCUACUUUGAAAACCAAAGUGACUUUUAUAAAAAUAACUUCCUGCGU